ACGAGGUGACAAGAGAACAAAGAUCCUAUCUCUGCCGUCGGUUUUACAAAAGGAGCGCACGACCCUCCGAUCUGGCCACCGUCCUUUAGCAAUCCCGGACAUGGGAGAAACUUUUCUACGCUGCCCGCUGCGCACUCCACGCGGCCGGGUUUUGGUGUCGUUACCGCCGGGCGGCGAAUUCCUGCUGGGUACUCCGGAGUUCGUAAACCUGGAGAGCGACCAAGGAUUCUGCAUUCCCAUCCAGGAGAUGGUUUCUGUGAAGCUUGGAACAGCCAGUAACAGAAAGGAGAUUUUGGAAUCUACUAGGGAUGAAAACUCUUUCACAGUUUUUUUUAUACAGCGGGAAAAAGGAGAGUAUUGGAACCUUGGGGUGCUGGAGUUCACUGCCCCAUCCACAUCUCAGCUAGCAACACGCUGGGUCAGUGCCCUUCAGGCCUGGAUUUAUUAUCAUGGUGUUACACGGCCCAAGAGUCUUCUUGUCUUCAUCAAUCCAGUUGGUGGACGUAAGCGAGCAACGGAGAUCUAUCAAAGUCAAGUGGCUCCAUUGUUUGCCCUGGCUGGGAUCCAUACUCAAAUUGUGGAGACCUGCCGUGCGAAUGAGGCUCGUGAUUACAUCCUACAGCAAGAUCUCUAUGGCUUUGAUGGGCUGGUAAGUGUGGGAGGUGACGGCACAUUCAAUGAAGUGAUGCAUGCCUUAAUUGACCGAACCCAGCAGAAGGCAGGGAAGCUCCAAGAGGACUGGGAUACGGAGCUUCUGUCCCCAAGACUUCGCAUUGGCAUCAUUCCUGCAGGUUCUACAGAUUGUAUCUGCUUUGCAACCGUGGGAACAAAUGACCCCAUCACCUCUGCUCUGCACAUCAUUAUAGGGGACAGCCAGCCUCUGGAUGUCUGCAGCAUUUGGCAUGAUGGGAUGCUUUUGCGUUACUCUGUCUCCCUGGCUGGUUACGGUUUCUACGGCGAUGUAGUGAGCACCAGUGAGAAGCACCGUUGGAUGGGGCCAGCACGCUACACCUUUGCAGGAGCCAAAGCAGUGCUAAGCAACCGCAGCUAUGAAGGCACUGUGGAAUUUCAGUUAGCAGAGUCAGAGGACACCAAUCCGCGGGAUCAGUCACGCUGCCGGGCAGGCUGCAUGGUCUGUUCUGAGUCUAGCAAAAACCUUCUGAGUGGAAGCAAGGAAGAACAUUUUUCAGAAUUCACAAAGCAGACAGGUAGUGAAUGGCAGCGGGUUCAUGGUAGCUUCCUGGCAGUCAACCUGACCUGCAUGAGCAGUGCCUGUCCUAAGAGCCCCAAGGGUCUCUCACCUUGUGCCCACCUGGCCGAUGGAACUGCUGACCUUAUCUUGGUGCACAAAUGCUCGGUCUUCUCCUUCCUGCAGCAUUUGAAUCGGCACACCAACUGCUCAGACCAGUUUGACCUGCCCUUUGUGAGUGUGUACCGAGUUCGAGCUGUUCGCUUCACCUCCCCCAAAGAGGAAGACUGGGAGGGAAGACAGUCAGCUGCACAAGAACAGAACAUAUUCUGUGGAGGAAUAUGCCAAGGACAGCCACUGAUCAGCUGCUGGACCUGCGAUGGAGAGACGUUGAACCACACUGAUAUCACCAUUCGAGUACACGGGAGUCUCAUCCAUCUCUUUGCUCGUGGAAUUGAACAGCAACCAAGCAUAUCCUAGAAGUUUUUUGCCAGAUGAAAGGCAACCUGAUGAAAGGCAAAACUCCUGCUGAGAACUUCAGAUCACAGCCUCAAGAGAGUCACUCCCUAAUAUAUGUAUUAAUACGGAAUGGAAUCUAAGAGGUUCAAGGAUAGAAGCCGAGCCUGAAAGUUCAGUUAUCAAAGAUGGCUUCCUCCAUCAGGAGAUGGUGCGCCAGCUCUUAUCUGACUGAGGCUGCUGCCUUGCCCUGGUUUGGAAAAGCAGAGGAUUGGACACUAGGUUGGCUAUACAGGUCCAAGCCCCUUACUCCCGUAUUUUAUUUAUAGCCUUCAGGCCAGCCAG